AUGGAAAGACCGAUCUCUAAAUACUACUCAACUGUAAUAUCUCAGUCUCAAAAGUCAAUUAAUUCAAUACACAGUCUGAUAGGUAUAUCUUCUUUUCAGUAUCAAUUGAUUUGCUACUACCAACAGCUUUGUGAAUCAGAUUUUGUACCUCAUCUGAAUCCAAAGAUGAAUGCAUGGUUUUUUGACUCCCAGAGAUUAGGUUUCCAUUCUGAAUUAGUUCGUGAUUGCAUAUAUGCAAUAAGUACGAUGCAUCUAGAAAACCUUGAUUUCUAUGACCAGUUCAAAGGUAAAAGUGCAACUCUAGCGCCUGCAGCUUCCAAGUUUUUGACUAUACAUCAUCGUGUAUUUGAGCCUGAUCAGAUCAGAGGUUUUCAUCAGAGUAAAAAGCUUCACACACUAACGGUUCAAUAUUUUCUAGACUGUGUUAAAAAGACAAUUCAUAAUGUGAAUAACAUCAAAAAUGGUGAUGUACCAAGUUCUGGUUUUCAAGCUAUUGAAAUGUAUAUUUCAAGCUUAAUUAUUUUCAAUUUGUUGCUGCACCAUCAGACAAUGUUCCUUUCUUUAGUAUCUAAUGACCCAUCCCAAUCAAAUCUACUUUCAGUUUGCAUGGGAAUGAAACAUAUGCUAAGUCUUACAAUACUGAAAUUCCAGCAGACUAGUUUUGGUAUACUAUUUGAAGAGGAUAUGAAUUCGACUUCGAAUGUGUCCAAUUUGUGCAAUAGAAUUACUUUGACAGACCACCUUACUGCUUAUAGGCUCAAGCUAGAGGAGGAGGGUGAAAUUUCUCCUCAUGACUCCUUUAUAUAUGCCGAUGCUACGACGAAACUUAACAACCUAUUGUACAAUUUAAUUGUGCUGGAAAGCUCCUCUCUGAUAUGGGGAUGGAUCUUCCAGAUUCAUGACGAAUUUUACAUUCUUGCAAAGGAGAAGAAGGAAUAUUUCGCAUGCAAAAUAUUAUUUUAUUAUUGUUCAUUACGUAUUAUCGUCACAGGAAAAACAAGCUAUCAAGGCAAUACUUGGACAGAUUAUUGCUAUUGGUUCAAGAAAUAUAAUUUAUCUUAUUACGGUCGCUGGAGAGACUCUGAAGAUGAGUCUUUGUUUGAACUUGUUUUUCAGUACAAAUACGAAAUAAAAGAUUUGAGCACAUUUUUAGCUGCUAAUGAGUUGAAUUUUGAGGAAUUAACACUUGCUUAA